GCUUUAAAUAUUGACAAUGAUUUAGUCAAAAAYUGAUUACAACAAUAAUGAAAGUGUUAUAUGUAUUGUCUCUAAUUUAUUUAAAGUCAUUGYUGGCGAUUGCGGCCAAUGACGAUGAAAUUAAAUCCUUACCCGGMCUACCGGAGCCAACAAAAUUCAAACAAUAUUCGGGUUAUUUAAAUGCAUCGAAAGGCAGACAUCAUUUCUAUUGGUUUGUCGAGAGUGAAAAAGAUGCGGCAAAUGCACCGGUAGUUUUAUGGUUGACUGGCGGUCCCGGAUGUAGUUCUCUGUUUGCUAUGUUUACCGAAAACGGUCCGUUUCGGGUGAACUCAGAUGGAAAGACAUUACAGAAACACGACUUUGCCUGGAAUUCAGUGGCAAACAUACUAUGGAUGGAAUCACCUGCCGGUACGGGAUUUAGCUAUGAAGACAAUGUGGCCGAACCUCAUAAUAAUGACGAGACUACAGCUCUUAAUAACUAUUUAGCUCUCGAAAGCUUUUUUCUAAAAUAUCCGCAUUUGAAGAAAAACCAGUUUUAUAUAACCGGCGAAAGUUAUGCCGGAGUUUACAUUCCGAUGUUAGCCAAACAAAUCUAUGAACACAAUUCAACAAUUAAUUUAAAAGGGUUGGCUAUUGGUAACGGUUAUAUACACGAGGAUAAGUUUGACAACUUUGGACAAUCCCGUUAUGACUUUGCUUUAGGUCAUGGCUUACUYACAACAGAUACGUACGAAAAACUAACUGAAAAUUGUUGUGAAUGUAAAGCUGGUGUUAUUGAACAUCAGUGCGAUUUUAGUCAACCCGCAAAUCAUAGCAAAUGUGCUUCAGUACGACAAUCAAGUGUGAGUACACCCAAUCCAUAUAAUAUCUAUGAUAACUGUGCGCCAGAUCUCAGUUAUCAGCAGCUGUUCAAUAAAUAUUAUAAACAAGCUUACGAUAGGAUAGGUUUUAAGGUUGACUUUAAUAAUAAUGAUAACAAAGCCAAUUGCUAUCAUUACGGACACUCACUAUAUCUGAACACUGAAUCUGUGCGAAAGGCAAUACAUGUGCGAGAAAACAGUCGUCGAUGGGAAGGUUGUGGUGGUCCUUAUGAAAGGGUACACACGGCCACACAGGAACAAAACACAUUGGAUCUGAUCAACAAAUAUAAGAUCGGAAAGUUUAUUAUAUAUAACGGUGACUUCGAUACUGUCUGCGACUUUAUUGGUGACCAACGAUUUGCCGACAAAUUGGGUUUUACUCAAACAGAAAAAUAUCGUCGAUGGACUGUUGAUGGACAGCCUGAUGGAGUGAUCGGUGGUUUUGUACAGCACUACGAAAAAGGAUUCAGUUUUGUGUUAGUCAGGGGUGCCGGACAUAUGGUGCCAUACGAUCAACCGGAAGCUGGACUUCAAUUAUUGAAAUCAUUGAUUGGAAAUACAAAACUUUAAUACUGU